UAGGAGUGGGUUGGCAUUGCUCGUCGCGUGUAUAGUGCGUGCUGCUGCGUCUGUCAAACGGUAACCUUAAAAAUGACUGAUAAUCAGUAUAAAUGGAAAGGAAAGUUCGUGACUGAAAAAAAAAAUAAAUGUAUGAAAAUUAGGUCUGAAAAUGGCAAAAAGAGGAAAAAAGAACCUGAAUCCUCACACAUUGUUGAAAGACAUCGAAUAAUUGACAUUGACCACGCAGCGAAGAACAUGCAUUGCUCAUUUUGUAAAGAACGUUUGCAUCUUGAGGAUAUUACGAAGGAAAUAGUAAAAGGCGCAGCAUCAAUUUUUGAAGUACAAUGCAAAAAUUGUCUAAAAAAGAAUACUGUUAAAAGUGGAAAAGAGUAUACAAAUUUUACAAAUCCAUCAACAGGAAGACCCCUUUUUACGAUAAACACUAAAACUCUCGCUAAAACUGCAUUAGGAGUUCUACAUGCUGGAGCAGGUUCAACUCAGCUAAACAAGAUUUUUAACUGUAUGGAUUUGCCAAAUAUAAAUGACCAACUUUUCAAGAAACAUGAAAGAAUAAUCGGACCAAUUGUUGAAUUUGUAGCUAAGGAAAGUUAAUUGUUCAGAAGCAGCAAUAGCAGAACGCACGCUCACAUUAGAAAAUAUUAUAGAAUUGAAAAAGUUAUUGUAAGUUUAAUGUAUAUGCUCAUUGAAAUUAUAAGAAAGUAAAAUGGGAUUACAGUACAAUCACAUAAUCAUUAGCAAAUGAUUACUGUUUGAAAGUAUUUGAGUUCACAUUCUUUUACAAAUUAAAUUCUAUUAAAAUUUUAAUUGUGUAUUAGGUUAUUGCUUUACCUUGCAUUUAAUUAUUACAGAAGUGAACUCAACACUAAAUUCACUAAUAGCGAAUUCGGUUGGACACACCAGUGCGCACUCAGUGCACAUUAAAGCUGUUGUUUAAUCUCUAAUAUUUGAGGUAAAAUGCAAAUAUUUUAAUAAAAUGCCUAAUACAUAUUUUAGCAAAUAGUACAAUAAAGAAUAUUGAGGAUUUCGUGACUUAAUCCAUUUAUAGUAAACAUACACUUUACGUCGAUUUGUGUACGAUGGCGUUAAUGUGCACUGACAAUGAGUGCGCACUGGUGUAUCCAAUCAAAUUCGCUAUAAAUAUUGUUCUGAUUUAUGUUAAUAACUUUAUGAUCAUAGACAACGUAAUUGGUAAAAAUUUUUAGUAUCUAUUUUUAUAAGAGUAAUUUUAUAUGGUAAAGUCAAGCGUUUAUCGUGUUUAAUCUAAUCAAU